CAUUGUUCUACAUUGAAAGAUCUUCCGACUUCCCGAAGUGUCGCAAAAAAAGUGUUCCACUUCGCUCAAAACAUCUUUCCCUCUCUCUCUCUCUCUCGCCUCCAUGGCGGACGGUGGUGCUGACUCUCCAGCUCCACCAUCGGAAAACGGCGGAGAAUUUCUACUGUCGCUUUUGCACAGAAGACCUUACCAGCAGAACAACAACAACAACAACAACAAUCCUUUGACCAGAUCAGCCGGUCCCCAGCAUCAGUCGUUCGCUCUCGAUCCGGCCAUUGCAGCCGUUGGCCCCACCGUGAAUGCUUUUCCUCCGUCGAAUUGGUCCUCGAACGGUCGUGAUCGACCCGGUACACAUGCUUCUCCCUGGGCACCUCCUCCUAAUCACUCGCCCAAUUUGUUAGGGUUUUCUCAAUUUCCGCUUAACCCUUUUCCUGCGAACCAAUUCGACGGUAAUCAAAGAGUAUCAGCAGAAGAUGCUUAUAGAUUAGGGUUGACUGGAGCUGGAAUUCAGUCGAUGGUGCAGCAGCAGCAGCCGCCGCCGCCGCAAAAGCUUGUUUUUGGUUCUUUCUCCGGAGAUGCUGCUCAGAGCCUUAAUGGGUUACUCAACGGGAACUUGAAGCUCGAUUCCAAUAUUGGUUCUGCCAAUCAUCAUCCCCGAUCCGUUGGCCCGAAUCCUAAUUCGGAUCCAAACUUGUCUCACGAUUUCCAUGAACACAACAGCAGAAGAGGAAACUGGGGUCCUAUUGGGAGUAACGGCAGGGGCUCCAAGUCUACUCUUCCUCCUCCUCCUCCUCCUGGAUUCUCGAGUAACCAACGAGGUUGGGAUAUGGAUUUAGGAAGUAAAGGGAUGGGUAGUUUCCAGGGGAAUAAUCAUGAUAAAGAAAAAGGCGAGCAUUCUAAUUUAUGGGAUCAUAAAAGUGUUGAUUUUAUUGCUGAGGUUGAUAGAUUAAGGAGAUUAUCUAUCCAGAAUGAGGGCAGAUUCGAUCUUAGUCAACAGAUUGAUCAACCAGGACCACCUAUGGGUACAAAUCUAUAUUCUGUUUCAGCAGCUGAUGCUGAGGAUUCCAUUUCGAUGCUGAAUAAAGAAGCUCGUGGUGGUGGAGUUGGACGUAAAGAGGAAUUGGGGCAGUUCAGUAAAGGAAAGAGGGAGGGCAAUGGGGAGUGUGGCCCUGGUGAUGACGACAUUGAGGGUUUUGGGGAAGAUAUUGUUGAGUCUUUAUUGCUUGAAGAUGAAACUGACGAUAAGAAUGCCAAAGAUGGGAAGAAUAAUAGCCGGACUUCUCGCGAAAAGGAAUCGAGAAUGGACACUCGGGGUCAGCGCCUGCUUCGUCAAAGCUCAAGAAUUCAUAGAUGGAGGUAUAUGGCAUGUCGAUAUGACAUCCACAUGUAUGAUGCUCCUUUCAUCGCAGUGUACGAGUCUCUUAUUCCUGCAGAAGAGGAAUUAGAGAAGCAGAAACAGCUAAUGGCCCGGCUAGAGCAUUUAGUUGGCAAAGAAUGGCCUCAUGCAAAGCUUUAUCUGUACGGUUCUUGUGCUAACUCUUUUGGUUUCCCAAAGAGUGACAUCGAUGUUUGCCUUGCAAUCGAAGAUGAUGAUAUCAACAAAUCUGAGAUGUUGUUAAAGCUGGCGGAUAUUUUGGAAUCAGAUAAUCUCCAAAACGUGCAGGCACUGACACGAGCUAGGGUUCCUAUAGUUAAACUUAUGGAUCCGGUUACUGGCAUAUCUUGUGAUAUCUGCAUCAACAAUGUGUUGGCUGUUGUGAACACAAAGCUCCUGCGAGAUUAUGCUCGGAUAGAUGGACGUUUAAGGCAGUUGGCUUUCAUUGUGAAACAUUGGGCAAAAUCAAGAAGGGUUAAUGAAACUUAUCAAGGAACACUUUCCAGCUACGCGUAUGUUUUGAUGUGCAUUCAUUUCUUACAACAGCGUAGGCCGCCAAUUCUUCCUUGCUUACAGAAAAUGGAGCCGACAUACUUAGUUCGGGUAGAUAAUAUCCGUUGCGCAUACUUUGAUAAUGUUGAAACACUCGGCAGAUCGAGUAACAAGGAGACCAUAGCUGAGCUGGUGUGGGGAUUUUUCAGUUACUGGGCAUACGGUCACGACUAUGCGAACACCGUUGUAUCUGUCCGCACCGGUUCCAUACUUGGGAAGCGAGAGAAGAACUGGACCAGAAGGGUGGGGAACGAUAGGCACCUGAUAUGCAUAGAGGAUCCGUUUGAGACGAGCCAUGAUCUGGGUCGAGUCGUGGAUAAGUUUAGUAUCCGAGUGUUGAGAGAAGAGUUCGAACGAGCUGCAGAGGUUAUGCAUGAAGAUCCUAACCCAUCUGCCAAGCUUUUCGAACCAUAUCUCCCUGGUGAUAAUAAUGGCCAAGCCCACAAUUAGCUUUGAAAAGAUUGAAUCUGAAUUCGUGUGGCUUGUAUAUAUUCAUGGUUAGGUUCGCUCUCUCCGUUUCUUUUUUUGGGUGUUUUGGAUUCUUGCUUGUGACCCAACAAAGAAGUAAGUCUUUUAUGUUGAA